ACAGACUGACCUCUGUAUCAGUUCAUUAAAUUACUUUAAUUAAGUCGGGCAGUAGCAUGGUCAGUUAAAUUAGAUAUAGGUACUCGUAAUAUUAAAAAUGUAUAGAUUUAUUAAGCGUGGUGAACUUUCAAAAAAUCUUUCCUUUUACAAAUGCUGCGUACAAGACGCGAAACGAAAAAAUAUUUAUAAAAAUGUGCAACGAUGUAUUAGUGCGCAGAUUUCGAAGUCUGAUACCUUAUUCCCAGAACGUGUUGAUUUUCCCGACAGGCACAUUGGACCAAGAGAUCAAGAUGUUGUUACUAUGUUAGAUCUUCUUGAGUAUAAGAGCCUAGAACAAUUAACAAACGAUGCAGUGCCGAAGCAAAUACAGCUCCAAGGUCUUAUGAAAAUCGAUGACCCUAUGAGUGAGUACGAUCUAAUUGAAAGAGUACGAAAUUUGGCAGAAAAAAAUAAAAUAUGGCGCUCAUAUAUUGGAAUGGGAUACCACAAUUGCUGUGUCCCUCAUAGCAUAAUGCGAAACAUGUUUGAGAAUCCGGGAUGGACAACUCAGUAUACUCCGUAUCAGCCAGAAAUAGCACAAGGCCGUUUGGAAAGUUUAUUAAACUACCAGACUAUGGUUAGCGAUCUCACUGGUCUAGACGUUGCUAAUGCAUCGUUAUUGGAUGAAGGCACUGCUGCAGCGGAGGCUUUAUCUCUAUGUCACAGGCACAAUAAAAGAACGAAAUUCGUUGUAUCUGAACGCUUACACCCUCAGACGUUGGCAGUAGUUCAAACGAGACUAGAUGCUUUAGGGCUCGAAGUAACAGUGGUGCCAGACGUCCAUCAAGUGGACUUUGCCCAGAGGGAUAUAUCCGCUGUAUUACUGCAAUGUCCGGACACCAGAGGAUUGGUGUAUGAUUAUUCUGGUUUAGCAGCUGCUGCUCAUGAACACGGGACAUUAGUAGUGGUUGCAACAGAUUUACUGGCACUAGCGUUGUUACGACCACCAGCAGAAUGUGGUGCCGCCUUGGCAGUGGGUACUUCUCAGAGACUGGGCGUGCCUUUAGGCUACGGUGGUCCACAUGCCGGUUUCUUUGCUGCAGAACAUCCUUUAGUUAGAUUGAUGCCGGGACGCAUGGUAGGAGUAACAAGGGAUGCAGCUGGAAGAGAUGCAUAUCGACUGGCUCUGCAGACCAGAGAACAGCAUAUACGUCGUGAUAAAGCUACUUCGAAUAUUUGUACGGCUCAAGCACUUUUAGCUAACAUGUCAGCAAUGUAUGCAGUUUAUCACGGUCCACAAGGGCUACGGGAUAUUGCUAACCGUGUUCAUAAUGCCACCCUUGUGCUUGACCAUGGUGUACAAAGACGUGGUCAUAUACAAUCCAACGAUGUAUAUUUCGAUACUCUACAUAUUAUACCCACUGAAGAUCACGAUGCUGCCGUUAUAAAAGCGCGGGCUCAACAAAAGAUGAUAAACCUGCGAUACUUUGACGAUGGCGCAAUCGGAGUAGCAUUAGAUGAGACUACAACUAUGCAAGAUGUUGAUGACUUGUUGUGGAUAUUUGAUUGCGAAAAAGUUAAUGAGGUGGUACGCAGUGGUGAUGUUAUAUCGAGAAGUGUUUUAAAGGGUCCAUAUCGUAGAACUUCGCCAUACUUGACUCAUCCUGUGUUUAAUAUGCACCAUUCCGAAACCAGGAUAGUGCGAUACAUGAAACGUUUGGAGAACAAAGAUAUAUCUCUGGUCCACUCUAUGAUACCACUUGGUUCAUGUACGAUGAAACUGAAUUCGACUACCGAAAUGAUGCCAUGUUCGUUCAAACACUUCACCGAUAUCCACCCAUUCGCACCACUCGAUCAAUGCCAGGGUUACCACACGCUAUUUGCAGAACUUGCGAAUGAUCUAUGCGCUAUAACUGGCUACGAUCGAGUGUCUUUCCAACCUAACAGUGGAGCACAAGGUGAAUACGCUGGGCUUAGGACAAUAAAGCGUUACCACGAGUACCGAGGUGAUACUGGACGUAAUAUUUGUCUGAUACCUGUUAGCGCUCAUGGCACUAACCCAGCUUCAGCACACAUGGCUGGCAUGAGAGUGUGUGCUAUACGCGUUACUCCUUCUGGGGAUAUUGAUAUGGAACAUCUAAAAGAUAUGGUUGAAGAACACAGCAGCAAGUUAUCCUGCCUUAUGUUGACUUAUCCUAGUACGUUUGGAGUUUUUGAGGAGCGUGCAGCAGAUGUUUGUGCAUUGGUGCACGCACAUGGUGGCCAGGUCUACUUAGAUGGUGCCAAUAUGAAUGCUCAGGUAGGACUGUGUCGACCUGGUGAUUAUGGUAGCGACGUCUCGCAUUUGAACCUGCACAAGACCUUCUGUAUACCCCAUGGAGGCGGGGGUCCUGGCAUGGGACCGAUUGGAGUAAAAGCCCAUUUAGCGCCGUUCCUGCCUUCUCAUCCCGUAAUAAACCCAUUAGCAGACUUAGGAGAUGAUGCACAUAGCUUUGGUUCAGUCAGUGCAGCUCCCUUUGGUUCUUCUGCCAUUUUGCCUAUCUCAUGGGCGUAUAUAAAAAUGAUGGGCCCCAAAGGCUUAAAGCGAGCGACGCAAGUGGCUAUUCUAAAUGCUAAUUACAUGUCGCGAAGACUAGAUGGUCACUACAAAACAUUAUACAAAGGUGAAAGAGGAUUAGUUGCUCACGAAUUUAUAAUAGACGUACGGGAUCUCAAGAAAACUGCUAAUAUAGAACCAGGAGAUAUUGCUAAACGUCUUAUGGACUUUGGUUUUCAUGCGCCAACCAUAUCAUGGCCAGUAGCUGGAACACUAAUGAUAGAACCAACAGAAUCGGAAGAUCUUCAGGAGUUGGAUCGAUUCUGUGAAGCACUCAUUGCGAUAAGGAAAGAAAUAAAAGAUAUUGAAGACGGCGUUAUAGAUAAACGAUUGAAUCCUGUCAAGAUGGCACCACAUACACAAGAGGAAGUUAUAACUGAGGAUUGGAAUCGUCCUUACACUAGAGAGCAAGCGGCAUUUCCUGCUCCCUUCGUUAAAGGCGAGACAAAAAUAUGGCCAACAGUAAGCCGCAUUGACGACAUGUACGGUGAUAAGCACCUAGUUUGCACUUGUCCACCGGUGCUUGAUGAUUUUUAAUGUAAUGAAUGAAAUAAAGAAAUGUAAAUAAAAUAAUACAAAUGCGGUUGCAAAUCGUAUUUAAUUUGUCAAUAUUGUCGUAUAAUAAAUAAUUAUUAUCUUUUAA